CCACCAUAGCCCCCCACUAUUAUCCUGGUUACCCUCUAAGUGUCAAGUGCGAUGGAUAUGUUAAGUAUUAAUAUUCUUGCGUUAAAGUAUCAAAAUUUUGAAAAUAUUGUGCGAACAAAUAUUAUUUUUGCAAAAAGGAUAGACUUGAGUAUUUGUCAAUGAUAUUUGUGUAUUUACGAUACUUAUAGAAUAGUCUAGAAGUAUAUGGUCUAGAACGACACCAGUAUAAUUAGCAAUUAGUGGCAUCUUGUGGUGAUUUUCAAGGCAAUUGGAAGAAACACGUGAAGAUAUAGUUUAACUAAUACCGUCGUGUAAUUUUGAUCUGAAUUUACUACAAAAUGACAGAUUGGGAUGAUGACAAUUUUGAGCCCCAAUUGACAGUACCAGCUGUACCAUCAGCUAACAAAUGGGAAGGUGAAGAUGAAGAUGACGAUGUGAAAGACAAUUGGGAGGAUGAAGAUGAAGAAAAAGAAAAAAAGGAAGAAGAACCUGCAAAGGUGGAAGAAAAACCAAAACUAAAAAAGAAAAAACUACAAGAUAUAGUAGCAGAAAAAGAGAGACUAAGAAAAGAAGAAAUAGAAAAGAGAGCAAGACAGAUGCAGGAAGAAGAAGAGGAAAUUUCGCCAGAAGAAAGGUUACGUCGUCAAAAGGAAUCUGAUCUAAUUGUUGCUUUAGAAACUACAUUUGGAGAUAGUGAUAAAAACUCAGGUUCAAUAGACAGUAUGUUUCCAAAUAACAAAGAAGAAUUUGAUGAAUUAUCUGAAGCUCUCUCUAAAAAACUACAACCUUUUAGUAAAAAUGAGGAGUUUCCAGGAUUUGCUGAAAAUAUAAUAAGAAAUAUUUGUGCAACCCUUACAUCUAACGACUUGAAAAAAAUAAAAACAACAAUAGAUAACUUAUACCUGGAGAAACAGAAAAUUGAAAAAGGAGACAAAAUAAAGAAGAAAAGCAAAGUCAAAGCCAAACUUCGAGUUGAUGAUAACAAUCUCAAUCAGUACUCAGCUUAUGUUGAUGACUAUGUUGACUAUGAUGACUUCAUGUAAUAGGCUCAGGACCUUAGCUAAGCUUUUAAUAAUACAAAAUUUAUUAAUGGUGAACUAAUGUACAUUUUUAAUCAUAAAUUUUAACAAUGAAAUAUUUUUAAGGUAAUAUAUUUUGUAAAUUAAAGCAUUGUUGAAAAAAAGGUUCAUUAUAAUCAGAAUGAAGUUAAGUUAUUCUGCAGAGCAGGUGUGUAGAUAUUUUAUUUUUAUUUGGGCUUUGGAAUUGUAAAAGCACACUAAUAAACUGUAAUUUUUCAAAGUU